GGUGGAGACUCCUCCCCCGCCCCCUACGUAAGAUGGCCGCCGCUCUGCUUCACGGCUGAUCACAGCUCGGACGCUCGACGGCAAAAAUAUUUUUAAAGAAAACCUCACGCCGCGUCGCCGUUGCCGCCCUCGCUCGCGGUGCGCGGCGUUCAACUGGCGACGUUGACGAUGUCCACGCUGCUGGCGCUGGUGUCGUCUUAGCGCCAGAGGUUAACCCCUCCCCCGAGGUUAACGCCGCGAGUUAAGACGCCGCCGCCGCACGCCGCCGCCCAGCCGAGGGGUCGGGCUGCUCGCCGCUGCGUGAAGUGGGAGACUCCGCCAGGAUCUCACCUGGGGUCUCCUCAAACGUCACUCUUGAGGACCCGGCUUCUCCUGAGACCUCCAGUCUGGGACCCAUUAAUUCAAGCAGUCGUCCGCAUUAGGACACCACUCCUUGGUCUGGUCUUUUAUCCUGACCAUCGAAUUUCUGGUGAUCUGCCCUUUCGUGGGUCCCGUUUCUCUUGAGACUUGGUUUCUCUUUCUUUAGGUGUCCGUGCCUAGUGUGACCCGUCUCUGGUCAGAUUCUUUCUUGGCAUCUGCUCCUGCUGGUAUUUGUCACCUAGAACCUGCAUCUCCUGGAAGCUACCUGUUGCGGGACCUGUCUCGAUUCCUGAAACGCGCAUUCCUCCUAGAACCCAUCUCCCGGGGACCCAUUUCCAUCCUGCCACCCCUCGCAUCCCAGGGGCGAUCUCACCACCACCGCCACCAUGUCGAUGUCGCACUUGUACGGGCGCGACGAGGACGUGAACGUGGAGCGUUUCGAGGUGACCGACUGGGACCUGGAGAACGAGUUCAACCCCGAGCGUGUGCGCCACCGCCAGAGCAAGGAGGAGGCCGUGUACGGGGUCUGGGCUGAGGACGACGACGAUGACGACGAGAGGCCCGGAUUCUCGGGCGGGAGGAGCAAGAACCGCGACUUCACGGCCCCCGUGAGCUUUGUGAGCGGCGGCGUGAAGCGUCCUGCCGCCGAGGAAGAGGAGGAUGAGGAUGAGGACGAGGAGGGGGUCUCGGGCAAGGGCUCCGGCGGCGAGGAGGACGGCGCCCGUCUGGGGCCCUGGACCGAGGCGCUGCAGAGGGCGAAGGGUGGGCGCGGCGCCAGGCAGUCCCAGAAGGGGGGCAUCAGGCCUUCCCGUACCGUGGCCGGACUGCCCCCUGAGAAGGGCUUCGGCAGCUGGGAGCGACACACGAAGGGCAUUGGGCAAAAGCUGCUGCAGAAGAUGGGCUACGUCCCCGGCCUUGGACUGGGCAAGAAUGCGCAGGGCAUCGUCUUGCCGGUGGAAGCCAAGGUCCGCAAGGGCCGAGGAGCGAUCGGAGCGCACGGUCCGGAGCGCACCAAACAGUCACUCCAUGAUUUCCCGGCUCCCAAGUCCGACGAGGAGGAAGAGGAGGAGUUCAAGCAGCAGCUGAGCCAGUGGCGGAAGGAGCCCGGCACCGGAGCCGGCGCAACCAAGAAGGGUCCACGGUACACCUACCGCACCGUGGAGGAGCUCAAGGCUAAGGGGCUGGGCCGCAAGGUGGCGCCACCCUCACAGCUCAGCCAAGUCAAGGUAAUCGACCUGACUGGCAAGAGCCAGAAGGUUUACUACAGCUACGAUCAGAUGAGCCAGCGCCACAGCGUUCCGUCAGACGAGGCCGAGGCCGCGGAGGGAGAAACCGCGGCGCCGAGCGAGAGCAAGCGCAAGGGAUUCGCCCUGCCGGAGCUGGAGCACAACCUCCAGCUGCUUGUGGAGCUCACGGAGCAGGACAUUGUGCAGACCGACCGUCGGCUGCGCCACGAGAAGAACCAGGUGGUGGCUCUGCAGCACGAAGCCCAGCGGCUGGAGGCGCUGCUGGAGCAGGAGGACCGCGCCGUGGAGCGGCUGGGCCGCGUGCUGGCCGUGGCCGAGUCCUGCGAGCGCCGCGCCCGCUCGCUCGAGGGGGACGUGCCGCCGGGGGAGGGGGAGCCGCCGCUCGGCCUCGCCGACGCGGCCCGGGUCUUCCGCUCGCUGCAGAGCGAAUUCUACGAGGAAUACCGCGCCUUCGACCUCGCCACGCUCGCCGUGCUCACCGUGCAGCCACUCCUCAAGCAGAGCUUUGCCGGGUGGGACCCCCUCAAGGACCCGUCGUUCGGCCUGGACGUGGCACGCGAGUGGAAGGCCAUCCUGGAGGAGAGCCAGAACGUGCUGCAGACCGUCCACCCACAGCUGGGCCCGCUCGCCGGCAGCAGCGGCGGCGGCGGCGGCACCAACAUGGACCCCUACCACCGCCUCAUGUGGGACACGUGGAUGCCGUGCGUGCGUUCCGCCGUGGUGCGGUGGCAGCCGCGUGCCUGCGAGCCCAUGGUGGAUAUGGUGGAGCACUGGAUGGAGUUCCUGCCGCCCUGGAUUCUCAACAACGUCCUGGAGCAGCUUAUCUUCCCCAAACUUCAGCGCGAGGUGGAAAACUGGAACCCGCUGACAGACACGGUGCCCAUCCACGCGUGGAUCCACCCGUGGCUGCCCCUGAUGGGCGGCGCUCGCCUAGAGCCGCUCUACUCGCCCAUCCGGAGCAAGCUGGGCAGCGCCCUGCAGCGCUGGCAUCCCAGCGACCCUUCCGCCAAACUCAUCCUGCGGCCGUGGAAGGAGGUGUUCUCCCCGGGCAGCUGGGAGGCUUUCAUGCUCAAGCACAUCCUGCCAAAACUCGGCAUGUGUCUCUCGGACUUCGUGAUUAACCCUCACCAGCAGCACCUGGACCCCUUCCGCUGGGUGAUCGACUGGGAAGGGAUGCUGUCUCCCGCCAGCCUCGUCACGCUGCUCGACAAACAUUUCUUUGCCAAGUGGCUCCAGGUGCUAUGCGCGUGGCUCAGCAACAACCCCAACUACGAGGAGAUAAUCAAGUGGUACCAGGGCUGGAAGUCACUCUUCUCGGAGCAGCUGCUGGCGCACGUCACCGUCAAGGAGAAGUUCAGCGAGGCGCUGGACAUCAUGAAUCGCGCCGUCUCCAUGCCGCACGGACCCGUGGGCUUCACGCAGCCCGGCGCACGCGAGCACAUCGCCUACCUCACCCAGACCGAGCGCCGGCGAGACUUCCAGCCCGACGGGGGCCCCGCGCCCCCUCCGGCCUCGGCGGUCCCCCCGGGCCCGCCGGGCCCCGCCGGCGGCCUGGCCGUGGGCGUCGCUCAGCCGGUGCCGCUGAGCUUCAAGGAGCUGGUGCAGGCGCGCGCCGAGGAGAACAACAUCGUGUUCAUGCCGCUGCUGGGCCGGCGCCACGAGGGCAAGCAGCUGUACACGUUUGGGCGCCAGGUGGCAUACAUCGACCGGGGCGUCGUCUUCGUGCAGGGAGAGAAGACGUGGGUGCCCACGUCGCUACAGAGCCUUGUCGACAGCGCCAAGUGACGGAGGGGAGCAAGCGAGCGAUCGAGCAAGUCGUCGGGGGAGCGGCGGAGAGGGUGAGAGAGACGGCGAGAGGGGGGUGACGAUGGGGCAGGAGGCAGCGGAGAGAGCGAGAGGAAGGGAACGCCGCAGUCGGGAUGACGAGAGGGUGAGCGGCAGAUGAGACGAGAGGAGCAGCGCCGCCGGGUGACUUGGCUGAGAUGUUCCAACCGCGGGAUGUUGCAGCGAGAGCGUAGAGUGCGUAUGCUGACGGGGGGCAGGGGGGGGAGGGGAGGCUUUUGCUCCUGGUGCGUGUAUGCGCGCGUGUUUCCACAGGGCGAGGUGAUGGGGUUGCAACGACCACGCCAGACGUGUGCGUUCGUAUUGCCCUGGCGGCCUGCUUCUAGCACCGCGUGUGCGUUCGGUUGAUUUUGUAAAUUAUUCAUCGACAGUUGAGUGUCUGUGUGUGUGUUUCCUCGCCACUGCUCCGUAACAUUGCCAUUACCGGUGGAAGCGUCGACCAAUGGUCAAUCCGCUGUUUGGCUCAAGUUGAGUUGUGCGUGCGCGCGUCAACAUGCGUGUGUGAAUGAAUGAAUGUGUGGUGUGUGGCUGUCUUUGUGUGCGAGUGGGGAGCGGUAGUGUAGUAGUUAGUGCGUUGCACUACAAACUCGGCCACCCGAGUUCGAUUCCCGCUCACGGCCAACACCAGUGACGAUUAUCUGAACCAAGUCUUUCCGUAAUUCGACUCCGACUGAUAAAAUGAGUACCUGGUGCGACGUGUAAACAUCGCCGCUAGGGAAGCGAAGGUGGUGGCCGGGCAGUGGUGUUGGCCACCCACACCCUCGUGUGCCGUGCCGGCCUUCAUAGGUGCUUGCUAAACAGCACUUGCCCCAACAGUCUGUUCAGGCUAUACGGGGGAUCUGUGUGAAUGGGUGGUGUGUAUGUCUGAAUGGGUUGUGCGUGUGUCUAAAUGUGUGCUGCUGUGAAUGGGCGGUGCAUUCACUGAGACACGGGUCUCUUCGCGUCUGGCCAAGAACACGCGUGUCAAGUAUUUUUGUAUCACAAUAAAGCUGACCUCGGUCACCUUUU